AUGAGUACCGCUCACACCGGUAUCACAGAGCAAGUUCUCUCCUACAAGGCUCCUGAUCCGCCCGUGAAGGAGUUUGAACCAGCUCCAGAUCGUGCCCUUUUCGCCGAUCCGGACAAGAAGUCGCUCUUGGCUGCGUGUAAACAGGUCCGCAAGCUGACUCCCUACAUCGGGACGGAGCUGGUGGGAAUCCAAUUGAGCAAACUCACAGAUUUACAGAAGGACGAGUUGGCCUUGUUGGUUGCCGAACGAGGCGUGGUCUUCUUUCGAGAUCAGGACCUUACGCUUGAGCAACAGUAUGCAUUGACUGCUCACUACGGGAUUCAAGAUCGUGAUCCCAACCAACAGGACCCUAAGCAUGUUACAAUCUUGGGACGAAACAGCGAUAUCCGAAAGUACGCCGACUAUGGGGGGGAAUACCAUUCCGAUCACUCUCACGAAGCCAAUCCGCCGGCGUACACUAUGUUACGAAUGAUCCGGACACCUGAGAGUGGCGGGGAUACCGUCUUUACGAGCCAGACUGCGUUGUACGAUAAGUUGAGCCCGACAUUUCAGAGGUUGUUCGAUGGACUACAUGCCGUGCAUAGCUCCGAGAGCAGCUUCGUGAACUCGAUCAAUGGAGGCUACAAGCCAUUCCGUGGCCCUCAGCGUCGCGAACACCCACUGGUUCGCACGCACCCAGUUACUCGCCUCAAAUCGCUCUUCUACAACCCGACCUUCGUCAUCCACAUCCGCGAGCUCAAGGCCCAGGAGUCGAUCCACACGCUGAACUUCCUGCGCGAACACCUGCACGCGGCCGACGACCUGACGGUGCGGUGGAAGUGGGAGCCCGGCUCCGUCGCCUUCUGGGACAACCGCGUGGUCGUGCACAGGGCCAUCCCCGGCGGCUACGACCCUGCAACGAGGGAGGGCAAACGGACCGCCAUCUUCGGCGAGAAGCCCUUCUUCGACCCCGAAAAGAGCCAGACGUUGAGCGAGCGCAUUCGCGGCUUGGGCGGUCCCGAGGCCCAGUACGAGGAGACGAAGAUCUAUUUCAACAGUCCGCACGUUUGA